AUUACAUUUCAGAAAGAAUGGCGUUUAAUUCCGGUUACGCCUACCCUCCUCCCCCUCCUCCUGUAGACAGUUCUAGAACAGACGGUCAAUAUGCAUACGGUUCGAACAAUAUUCAUAAAAAGUUCAAGCUCAAUUCUGGCCAGUCGUCCAAUCAGAAUUACGGAAAUAAUGAUAAAAACUAUGCUAAUUAUGAUGAAAACUACGUAAAUUCAUUCUAUCAAAGUUCUAGUUAUUCAUCCUAUCCGGUUAGUUAUGAAAACAGUUCCUCUACAUAUGGAUACACAGACUCGGAGCAAGGUUAUUCGUCCCAGUUUGUCAGGACGAAUUAUAUGGGAGAAAAGGGUUACUACACUAAUUCAUCAAACUGGGGAAGCGACUAUGUUGAAAAUGGUUUUGGAGGUGGGUAUCAGAUGAGUGAUAAAGGUCCGGGAGGGGGUGGGAGAGGAAUGAAUAGGGGGAGAGAUUCUGGAGGAGCAGGAUCACGUGUUGGCGGAGCGCAGAGAGGAGGUUUUCGGGAUGAAGGAGAGCGUCGGGAUUUUUUCAAGGAUAGAAGAGAGGAGGGAAGAGAAUCUUGGAGUGGUGGGAGUAGAGGGAGUAGUGGACAAAGAACAGAUGGGAACAGGGGAGGGCGUAAACGAGGAGGAGGGUCAUGGGACGGGAGAGAACGUGGCGGAGGGUCAAGGGGCGGGAUAGAACGUGGCGGAGGGUCAUGGGGCGGGGGAGAACGUGGCGGAGGGUCAUGGGGUGGAGUAGCAAAAGGAAGUGAACCUCGAGGCGACCGAGGUGGGGGUUCUCAAGGUAGAGAACUCAGAGAUAAUGGUGGUCGGAGGGGAAGAGGUCCAGAAUUUCGCCCUAAAAGCACUGUUAUAAAACCAAAACAUCCUCCCAUCACAAGUGAACAGAGACAAAGAAUAGAAAAUAAUAAUCUGAAACAACUUGUCGCUCCUAAACCCCCACACAAGAUAUUAUCCGAGAUGGUAGGAAGGAGUGUCAAGUAUGAAUAUACCGAUAACCCGCCCUUACCCCCGGGAGUUGUAGAGCUACAGGAGAUGCACACUCUACUCACAACUAUAGACGGAGAUAAAUCAAGUGGAACCGGACCCAGCUUCGAUAUAGCGAAGAAUAUCUGCUCGGAACACGCGAUUAUGACUGUGGUGGCUAAACGGUAUGAGGCAAUGAAUAAAACGGUGGCCGAAGGAUCAAAGACGAAAGAAGAAUUAUUGAUCGAGGAUGAGACGCCCUUCGAACUGGCGAGUAUCGCAGUAUUUAAGAUGCUAAACGAAUGGGAGGCGAAGGGGUUCGAGUUACCACAGGAUUUGGAAGAUGUUCUCUACACCUCUCAUCUGUUUAAACCUGUAAAGGAGAGGUUGGAUUGGAUUAGAGGAUGUAAUCUCGGUUUCUCAACUCCCCUACAGAGUUCGGAUCAGCCCGUUGUAAAGAGCAGUCGACGGAAACCAAUGCAAAUGCCUGAACCCGCUGUGAUAGAGCAGAAACAUCCCGUGGCAUUCCUCAACGAGAUCCAAGGACAUGUGAACUACGUGGAUCUGGGGGUUUACGGGACCGGGGACUCACAAACAUUUACCGUAGGGACUAAUAUUGACGGAGUUCCAUAUAGUGGGACCGGGUCCUCUAAAAAGGAGGCAAGGAGAAGUUGUGCCGCAGACAUUCUUGAUCGUGUUUAUAGAAUAAAAGUUCCUUGUCUCAGCUCGUCACUUGAUCAAAGAGGAGAAAAUAGUAAACGUCGUUGAUUUUCCUUACUGCCUCCAAGCUACGAUUAAAUUAAUUGCGUGUUUUUUAACACAAGAGUAGAUUUUCGGUCCAAAUUGGCGGCGUUUCCUUCCUGAUUUUCAUAUUUUUAUCCGUAAUUGUCAAAUGUACACAGGCCCUCGAUUGACAUCCUUUGUCCGUUUUGUCAUGCGAAAAAAUUUUAGAUAAAUUUUCAAUUUCAGA